GUGCUUUUGGAAAUCAAAGAUUGGGCAAAAAAAGAAAAUGAAGAUAGAAAAGCCGAAAUUAAACAAAUAAUAAUAAAUAAUGCUAAAAUGGACGAAUUAAUCAAUAAAGUUGCGGAAAACUUGACAAAAUUGGAGAAUUGGAGAGAUGAGUUUAUAGAAGCAAGGGCUAAAGAAGAGCGAGAAGCAAAAAUAAAGCAACGUUGUUCCUUUGAUGAGGAAUUUGAUAUUGCAAAACCCUUAACUUGGGGAAAGUUAUUCGCCAGAAACGCAAUGGAAUUAGGUGCUGAACUUACUACAGCUAAAUUAACUGGAGCAAAAAGCGGAAUGGCCAAGAAGGCAUGUGAUGGAAAAAAUGAAUUAAAAAGUUCAAGUUGCAGCUUUGCAAUUAAUAAAUUAGGAGACGCUCCAUUAAAAGGUGCAUCAAAGUUAUGCGAAUGGUUAGAUACUAAAAAGAAGUAAAAAUAACAAUAAAUAAACG